AGGAUACUGCUGUUUCAGUGAGGUCCUCACGAUUGGACGUUAGAAACUCCACCAACUACCAGUAUGGACCUGCUUUAUCCCGGUGUAUCCCACAAUCCUUAGUUCUCAGAUCUGCGGCUGAGUCUCCUGACCUCUGAGCUGUGGCCUGUCCCGGUCUAUGACUGAUCCCCCUCCAGAUCUUCUGUCUUUUGGCACAAUGAUGUCAGUGGAUGUGACCAAUCGUAACGGCCCUGCUGCCACGCCCCCCACCUCACUCAGCCUCCGCUCCUCACACAACCAGCUUCUCAGCAGCGACGUCAUCAAACAGGGCUCGGCGACGCCUCCCAAGUGUCGCAAAAAGUACGCCCUCACAAGCAUCCAGGCCGCCAUGGGCCUCGGAGAAGCGGCGCCCCCCUCAUCGUCGCCGUCCCUGUCCCCGACGCAGUCCGCGACGCCCAACAAUCCCAAACUCGCCAAAAAUGGGGCUAACCAGCUGCGUAAAGCUGGCCAGGACCACAACAAAAACACGACCGGCCCGGACUCUGUGGACCUCGAGGGCAGCCCGGAAGAUUCAGCCGACGACGUCAACGUCAACACGGUGGAGGAGGAGGUCAGUCCCGCUUUCACCAACAACGACCGAGAGGACGACGUCUUCCAGAUGGAGGAUGAACUGCACCCCCAUUCGGCCAGCGACGCCGAGACGGAGCAGAAAUCCGAGUCGGACAUGGACUGUAACAUCAACUGCACGGUGAAGCUGAAACUGAACAGCAGCACCUCAGAGUUAGACUUUGACUUGAAUGUGGAGGCGGAGGAGACUGACGACAUCAGCAUCCUGUCUGAGAAGGAAAUCAUGUCAAAGAUGAAAAUCGAGGAGGACGACGGGGUGGAGGAGGAAGAGGACGGGGAGAAGAAGCCUUUGCUGACGCUGAAGGGUGAAUCGCCCGUAAACCUUCCAGGCCUCACACUCAUCUCUGACCUCCACCCCAAUAUCAAACUCCUCCAAUCAGUCAAGAACUCGGGAGUGCCGCCCCCUCCUUGUCCACAAAGGCAACACAGCCCGGAGGACGCCCACCUGCUCUCUGUAGUCUCCUGCCCCUCCUCUUCCUCCUCCUCCCCCGAGACGAAGAAGGACAGAAGGACUGGCGCAAAGACGGACUGUGCUUUGAACCGCAUCCAGAAUCUGAAUCCCAGUGAUGAGGAGUUGAGUUGGACAACCCUUUCACAGGAGAGCAACUCCCCUGAGGAGACAGAUAUCUGGAGUGAGCAGUCAUUCCAGACGGACCCGGACCUCCCUCCAGGAUGGAAGAAGAUCACAGACAUGGCCGGUAUCUACUACUGGCACAUUCCUACAGGCACCACUCAGUGGGAGCGUCCCGCCAUCCAUCCUCCUCCCCCUGGACAGGCCGAGUCACCAGCCUUAGGGGAUCACGACGCUUUGACGCCACGGAAACACUCCCUGGGCUCCCUCAGCCCCUCACCCACUCCCGACCAUGAGGCGAGUCUUGGUCUGUUUUUCUUGAGUGUGAUCAAAGCACACACCCAGUUGUACCGACUCAGCUCAGAUUUUCGGGCCUCAUGCCAAGCAGAAGUCUUCUUUAGGGCAUCAACUCGCUCCGGCAGCACCACCUCUGACAGUUCAGUGGAGCCUCUGUCCACUCACGAACCCACGCUGCCCACAUGUGGAUUUGUCAACAGCUGCUACUUUCCUCGUUCCACAUCUCUGCAGGGGAUCCUGGAUCAAGAAUGCCGCUCACAGCAUGAGGAAGAGGACGACAAGAAACAGGUGUGGAGUGAAUUCGGAGGGAAAAUUGAUAGUGAAGUGUGGAAGGCAAGUAUAAAGCACUCCCUUGUCACUUGUCUUCAUCAGGACCUGCAGGCAGCCACGGUGAACCCUGACCCUAGUCUGAAGGAGUUUGAGGGGGCCACACUUCGUUACGCAUCUCUCAAACUGAGGAACCGUCCAGCUGUGGAAGAAAAUGAGUCCAGCAGUGUCAACAGUGACCCAGAGGCUAAGUGUUUUGCAGUGCGUUCUUUGGGUUGGGUGGAGAUGGCUGAAGAAGACUUGGCUCCCGGAAAAAGCAGUGUGGCUGUCAACAACUGCAUCAGACAGCUGUCAUACUGCAAAAACGACAUCCGGGACACUGUCGGUAUCUGGGGAGAGGGGAAAGACAUGUACCUGGUGCUGGAAAAUAACAUGUUGAACUUGGUUGACCCCAUGGACCGCAGUGUGCUUCACUCUCAGCCAAUAGCAAGUAUCCGGGUCUGGGGCGUUGGCCGGGACAACGGCAGGGACUUUGCGUACGUGGCGAGGGAUAAAAACACCAGGAUCCUGAAAUGUCAUGUGUUCCGCUGUGACACACCAGCCAAAGCCAUCGCUACCAGCCUGCAUGAGAUCUGCUCCCGGAUAAUGACUGAACGAAAGAAUGCAAAAGCAAUGGCAGGAGGUUCUCUGCAGGACAGGAUGCAGGCAGGACUGGAUCUUCCCCUACAAGAAUUCCCCACACCAAAGACGGAACUGGUUCAGAAAUUUCAGGUGCUAUACCUUGGGAUGUUGCCUGUGGCCAGACCAAUAGGCAUGGAUAUACUGAAUGGAGCCAUAGACAGUCUUAUUGGCUCUUCCAACAAAGAGGACUGGACUCCAGUGGCCCUUAAUGUGGCAGAUGCCACUGUCACCAUCAGCAAAGAAGAGGAUGAAGAGGAAGUGCUGGUGGAGUGCCGUGUUCGCUUCCUGUCCUUCAUGGGCGUUGGCCGUGACGUGCACACCUUUGCUUUUAUCAUGGAUGCCGGUGGUCACCGUUUUGACUGUCAUGUCCUCUGGUGCGAGCCCAACGCUGGGAGUGUGUCUGAGGCCGUGCAGGCAGCUUGUAUGCUGCGGUAUCAGAAGUGUCUGGUGGCUCGACCGCCCUCCCAGAAAGCCAGCGGCUCCUCGCCCCCCGGGGACUCCGUCUCCCGCCGGGUCUCCACCAGCGUGAAGCGAGGCGUUCUGUCUCUCAUUGACACUCUCAAACAGAAGCGGCCCGUCACGGAGCUGCCACAGUAGCCGCUCUUCAUCACCGUGGUAACUCCUCGCAUCACCCGCAAACAACCCGUCACCGCCACAGAACCCCCACCCCGCCC